AUGAAAAAGUGUUUCAGCGGCUCUGUUAAGGACAAUACGUCAUUCAAGCAAUUCUCUACAGACAAUGGUCGAGAAAAGGUCGAGUUGCCGUUUUGCGAGUCGAUUCCCAUUUUGGAAAUUGACUCUGAACGUGUUGACAUUUGCACUGUUCAACUUCUUCUAUAUCGUUAUGACGAUCGUGUUGAUGCCGCGAAGACCUCAUUACUUGUUAGAAUUCUCAUUGAUGCAGUCCUCGGAUUGUGCACUGAUAAGCAGUUGCGGAAAGGAAUGUCAACAACUGAGACAUCCGGUUCAUCUUCAACUCGUCAAAACGGUCGUUCUCGUACUCCAUGUAGCGGCAUUCGACGAAUAACAAAUCGAUGUGGUUCUUAUCCGAUACAAGCUGCGAGUGAUGUUAUCAGCACUCAGAAAGCAAAUUCAAUCGAAGCAACGAAUUGCUAG